UAUUGGCCCGUACUGGAAGCAGCUUAAGCCCCCCGUGAGCCUGAUCUGAGUCAUUUGCAGAUGUGUGUGUGUUCUUAGGUGCGAGAGAGUUGGCAGGUAUUUUUAGUGUUCGACCCUUCGCUGUUUUUGUUUUGGGCCCUUUAUCUUAGUUUUUCUUCGUAUACUUCUAGCUUUGUUAUGAUUAUGCAAAUCUCAAACAGCGACAGGUGAAUGAAUAAUUAUUACAUCGAACGAAGACCAUGUAAAACUUGAAAUGUUUAGAAAAGCCGGUUAGAUAUGUAUGUAUAAGACCAGGGCCGCCGAGCAAGUCGCGAAUAUUUUGUUUUCAUUUUUGAUCCAGUAUCUUGUGGAUUUCCUUAAACAAUCAUUGAUUAAACGGCUUAAUGCCACGUCUCGAGCUCACUAUAUGUCUAAGCAUUCAUAGUUUGUAAUUUCAGUGUUGCAAUAUUAUUUAUUGGUUUAAUCUUUUAAACUUUAAGUUGGCAUUUAUUAUAAGAUUGCUAUACCUACAGACUAUAUAUUUUUAAUGAUUUUAUAGUUACAUACUAGUAACUAUCUACAAUCGGGCGAUAUAGUGAUCAAUUAAAGAAAAUUUUAUUAUCUACGUUCUACAAACACUUUUUUGGGCAAAAAUAAAUUUAUAACUGGAUCAAAUAUACACGUUCGUAUAUAUAAAUGUACAUACAUUAGUUUUUAAAAGUCUGAUUAAACAUAUAAAGUGCAUGUCGAAAGAUAUUAAAGAUAAAUGUAGGUGGGCUUGGCCUGAGUGUGAGUGAAAUCACUUUUUUUGGGAGUAUCAAGUAUGUAUAUGAUCUAGUUUCGUGUUGUUUUUACAGAUGUCGCGAUCAUUAUCUACUCAUUAUGUAAUAUACAACAUAUUUACUAAAGAUAAGAUAGAGCACCAUGUAGUUACCGAUUUUAAAUAAUCCAUUCAAUAGGGAAUACCGGUCUUCGGCCAACAAUCGAGCCGAGUCACGAACUCCUCAGUUUUUGAACCAUCACUAGUUGGUUAAGGUUCACCUUCGGUCACGUGCUGGCCAUCUCUAAUGUCCAGGCGAUCUGGUUUCGGGUUGUUUUUGUAUAUCUGAAUCUUUAUCCUGGCCACACCACUUUAUACACACGCACACUACCGCUCUGCGAGUGAGGCUAACUGUGUGUGUAUGCACCCCAAUCUUACCGCUUACCUUUUGUUGUUGCAUUCCGCCUCCAGUGCGCUUCGUUCGCUCAUUUCGCCGUGCGGCGAAAACAACGCAUCGUUGAUAGUACCAAACUCACACACACACUCACUCUUACCCUAUACUCACACGCAUGUGUAUCUGUGAAAAUACAUGCAGUUGUGUUAUCAAAGAAGGCAAUUCAGUCGCGUGUUAUGUGUAUAUCCGAAACUAAGGAACAUCCGCAUCUCCGUGUUUCCAAUCCCGCAGGACAAAUAGCCAAGAAGCUGCAGCCGGCCCAAAGCAAAUCCGAGAUGGAGGGUGGAGGAAAACCCAUGGCAGUGGUGUACGCCACGGGCUCAUCGGCGCGCAACAGCGGAAGUUCUAGCGGCAUCGGCAACGUGGGACGCAUGGGCGCCUUCAGUCAGAUGGGCUCCAGCAAUCAGGGACAGUUUAUACGGCUACAGGACAACGGCCUGGUUAUUCCAAAAUCAGAAGCAGGUUCCACGUACACCACUGUUUCGGCGCAAAAAACUUCAGGGACGACAGGCAGUGGCCUGUACGACGUGAUAAAGGGGGAUCGCUAUGUGAAGUUUACGCCAAACAAUCCCAUGAAAAUCAAAUCAAAACUCCAUGCCAUUCAGAGCAACUCCUUGCACUCCAUGUCCGCCUCCACAUCGUCCAUUCAAAGAAAGCGCAAGCCGGACAAGGCCGGCAAGGGAUUGCGCCACUUCUCGAUGAAGGUCUGCGAAAAGGUGGAAGAGAAAGGCAAAACCACCUACAACGAGGUGGCCGACGAACUGGUCAGCGAGGAGAUGAAAAACAAUGCGUACGACAACUGUGAUCAAAAGAAUAUCAGACGUCGUGUCUACGAUGCGCUCAACGUACUGAUGGCAAUCAAUGUUAUAUCCAAGGACAAGAAAGAGAUCCGCUGGAUAGGGCUGCCCGCCAAUUCGGCCGAGCAAUUUCUGGCCCUGGAAGAGGAAAACAACCUGCGCCGCGAGCGCAUUAAACAGAAGAGAGAAAUGCUGAAAGAAAUGGUCAUGCAGCAUGUGGCGUUUAAGGGAUUGGUAGACCGGAACAAGCGGAAUGAGAGCCAGGGCGUGGUGCCUUCUCCGAAUGCCUCGAUCCAGCUGCCGUUCAUCAUUGUAAACACGCACAAGUCCACCAAAAUCAACUGCAGUGUGACCAACGACAAGUCCGAAUACAUAUUCAAGUUCGACAAGACGUUCGAAAUGCACGAUGACAUUGAGGUGCUCAAGCGCAUGGGUUUCUUGUUGGGUCUGGAUAAGGGCGAAUGCACGCCGGAGCACAUUGAACGAGUCAAGUCGUGGGUGCCUCCAAACCUCGCCAAAUACGUGGAAGCCUACGCCACUGGAAAAACUGGCGAAUCCAUGUGCGAAUCGGACGACGAGGACAACGAGUUAAACGAGUACCCGGAGUCAGCCAAUGAAUCCCAGAGCUUUGCACAACACUCGGCACAACACAGCAACGAUGCCGAGUUUAAGCUGGAGAUGGAUGAUGACGAGCUGGACGACGAAAUCGAUUGAGCUGACUGUGCCGCCGACAUUGCGCCAGCCAUGGCCGAUGCGGACGCGGAUGCGGAUGGAGGAGCAGAUGCAGAUGCGGAGGAUACAUUUAGUUUUACGUUUAUCAACGCUUUGUUAGGUUUGCCACGCCCCCCCGGUUAGGCGCGAGCCCCUCUCCACUCCACUCAACACCCAAUCCGACCCACCCAUACAAUUGGUUUUGUUUACUUCUUAAUGAGACUCUAUUAAAUUAUACAGCUCGCAUAGACGAGAAAAGAAAAUUCGGUAGUUCAUGUAUGUACGUGUAGUUCACAUACACAGUUUGUACUUGUAUCAUUGAAGAUUUAUGUUUAAGCUCAAACGUUUUUAAAAUAAUUUGUCUAGUUAAGCAGAACCCGUAUUUUAGUGCAAACCACAUUUCAUAUUUGGCAAUCCCGCGAAUCCACAGGCCCAAGCUAAUGUUCACUCUCUUUUUAGUUGUUAUGAGUCUCCCUUUUCCCCACAUGCCUUUUCUUGUUUGGGUAGGCAUAAGUGAAAACGAUAAUGUUAUGGGUAAUUAAUUGUCUCUUAAUAAUAUAAUAUACCAAAAUUGUACACAUAACAGCAAUGAAAUGCAAUUAUUUUUAGAAUGCCACAAGCAGUUUGAACUGCAGACAAGAACGAACAUAUGAAAUAUGUUUAAUUUGCUUACACCUUUCGAUAAAACAAUCAUGUUUUUAUUUCUCAAAACCCACAGUUUAAGUUGACAACGGAGAGCAGAUAAUUGCGAAAUAAUCAACCUACCUAAUUAGUAAUAACAAUUAAAACGAGAUAUACAUUUUCAGAAUUUGUAUUUAUAUUAUUGAACCUUCUUCAAGUGAAUACAAAAAGCAUACAAAUACAAAUUAGUAGAAAGUCAAGUAUAAGGCGUUAACAAUUAAGUGUCGAGCAUGUAGUUGUGUAAUAAAUCGAAAUAAUUAAUUGCAUGGAUGCAAAGGAAAUUACAAACAAGUAAGACGAAAUCGAACCGAGUGACAAGUUAAUAAAGUAAUUUGCAUAUUGUAAAAUAUGAUAAAUCAAGAA